CAUGGAAAGGAUUGCAGGUGAUUUCUGCAUCCUCUUCCGUAUAUAAUCAAUCACCUUUUUACAGAGAGGAUGACUUGCCCUAGAGCGGGGUGGGGGUUGAUGGACUCUUUCCGCCCUGUUCCAAUCCACUACUCAAGCAAGGAAUUUGGUGCCUUUCCGGGGCUUAACAUUCAUAUGGUCAAGCCCCUCGAGCGCUUCAAUCGUCUUCCAUAAUUCUGCUGGCGGCGCCUUUUUCCAUUCUUCCUCCACCAGCACACAUGCCGGGUCUGGUUGACCGAGCUUUACAUCCGGGUUGCUUACCGGCAGCCCAUCGCACCCAAGCGGAGUUUUGUGAUACACCCUAAGCCCCGAGCUCGCCUCGACGCCCAUACACAACCACUUCCUCCACCACGAAUGCCUGUCCCAAUCCCCGACCUGGGAAUUCGUGAUGUUGUCAUACGGAUCUCCGAGGCCGUCCCAAUCGUACCAUUGAUAGCGGUGAAACUCCCCGACGAAGGAGAAGGGUUUGCAGGACCCGUCGAAGCAGCAGUUGGAGCGCAGGAUCUCGGGGGUGUAUUGACACUCGCGGUAGAGGCUGGGCAGAUUGCCGUUGCCGUGGAUGUAGUGCCAGGUUAUGUUGCGCCCGGAGCAGGCAUGCCGAUCGAGGAAGGAGUCGACGGGUAAGGAGUUGGAGUUCCCCAUGUUGGCGCCUGAAUGGACAAUAAGGCGUGAGGAUAGUGAAUCAAGGACUUAUGUUGGGCUGGCGGACGUGUGGUGGAAUGGGUGGGGUAUGCUGGUGAAGGAACUUCGGCUGCUUUUCUUGUCCUCUUUAUAGAGGUGGAUUGAAGGGUCGGCUGGUAUCAUGAGCCAUGUCAAAUCCCUCGGUUUCGAGGAUCAAUUA